UCUCCUCUCGCCCUCCCUCCCUCUCUCCAGACUUACCAACACCGGCGAGCGAGGGCACUUGUUUUAUCCUAUAACUAGCAAGUGCCUAGAGGGAGCAGCAGAUAUAAGGGGAGAGGGCCGAUUAAAAGCUCUCUUCUUGCGGCCGAUCGAUCUAGCACGGCAAUGAGCUCGGGCGGCGGCAGCAGCACGCUUGGCGGCUGCGGCGGGCCGAGCGGGAGCGGCAGCGGCAGCGGAGGGGGAGGAGGGGGAGGGGGCCUUGGCGGCGGCGGCGGCGGGCCGUGCGGCGCGUGCAAGUUCCUCCGGCGCAAGUGCGUGAGCGAGUGCAUCUUCGCGCCCUACUUCGACUCGGAGCAAGGCGCGGCGCACUUCGCGGCGGUGCACAAGGUGUUCGGCGCCAGCAACGUCUCCAAGCUGCUCCUCCAGAUCCCCGCGCACAAGCGCCUCGACGCCGUCGUCACCAUCUGCUACGAGGCGCAGGCCCGCCUCCGCGACCCCGUCUACGGCUGCGUCGCCCACAUCUUCGCGCUCCAGCAGCAGGUGGUGAAUCUCCAGGCCGAGCUGACCUACCUGCAGACCCACCUGGCCACCCUGGAGCUGCCGUCACCGCCGCUGCCGGCCGCGCCGCAAAUGCCGAUGGCGAUGCCGGCCCAGUUCUCCAUCUCGGACCUGCCGUCCACGACCAACAUUCCCACCACCAUCGACCUGUCCGCGCUCUUCGAACCGCCGGCGCAACCGCAGUGGGCGCUCCAGCAGCAUCACCAGCACCAGCUCCGCCAGCAGCCGUCAUACGGCGCCAUGGCGCACAGGGGCGGCUCCAGCAGCAUGGCGGAGGGAUCGGCGGGCAGCGGCAGCGGCAGCGGCAGCGGCGACCUGCAGACGCUGGCGCGGGAGCUCCUGGACCGCCACGGCCGGUCCGGCGUGAAGCCCGAGCUGCAGCCACCGCCGCCGCCGCAUCCAAGAUGAUCUCAAUCCUCCCUCCAAUCCAAGCCGCGCGCGUGGUCCAUGGCCGGAGAGCGAUCAAGGCGCAACCGUGCAAAGAGAUCGAGGUGACAUGGCGGCAGAAGCAGAAGAGUUGGCGCGCGGCAACAAGGAGAGGGAUUAUUGGGAUCGGUGAGGGAGGGAUGAUGGAGAGCAGCGUGGUUCAAUCGAGUAGGUAGAAGAGAAGCAGCAUGCAGCAUUGGCCGGUUUUCGCGUAUCCACCUUGUUGUUAACCAGGGGUGCAAGGGCGCCCCACUUGCCCCAUAUUCUACAUUUGAUUUGGCUUUUCCUCCAACAGAGGACGAUCGAUCGGGUCCGUAGUCAGUAGAGGGUGGUAGUUUGACAUGGGUAGCAGUGUUACUUUGGGCCACCGGCCGGACGUUCCAUUAAUUGCAAGAUUUUUAAGAAGCUUC